UACCAGCUGUCUACCAACAGAAGGCCUUCACUCUCCAGAGCACUGAGUCGGCGUGCCUUUCGUUUAUAAUCGAAGCCCUAGAAAUCUUUUCCUUAAAUCGUUCGAUUCGACAUUCUGAAUUCUCACAGGCCCAGGAGGAGGAAGAGUACUCUGUAAUCGUGGGAGGCGAUGGACGGAGAAAAAGACAAUACUGUCUUCAAAUAAUAUACACCAAGACACUUCUUAUCAGAUGUGCAUUGUGAGUUCAUCCAUUACAAGAGUAAAGAGGUGCAGUUGAGCAAAUGUCAUUUGUUGGCUCACCAAACAAACAGACUACAGAAAAGGAAGCUGAGGGGGGUAUAGAGAAAGAUGAAGUUUUUAAGUCCAUGGAGCAGUUGUGCAUCAAGUCUGCAGGGGCAGGGACUUCAUCAAACAAUUUCAAAAGAAAACCAGUUGUAAUCAUUGUUGUAGGAAUGGCUGGGAGUGGAAAAACAUCUCUUCUUCAUCGCCUGGUUUGUCACACACAAGCUUCAAAUAUUCGGGGCUACGUAAUGAAUCUUGACCCUGCUAUCACGACACUUCCAUUUGGUUCAAAUAUUGAUAUCAGAGAUACAGUCAAAUACAAGGAAGUCAUGAAGCAGUUCAAUGUUGGUCCUAAUGGUGGAAUCUUAACAUCGCUCAACUUAUUCUCCACCAGGUUUGAUGAGGUUAUUUCUAUUAUAGAAAAUCGAGCAGAUCAGCUAGAUUAUGUUCUUGUGGACACACCUGGUCAGAUUGAGACAUUGACCUGGUCUGCUUCUGGUGCAAUAAUAACUGAAGCUUUUGCAUCAACCUUUCCUACUGUGAUCGCUUAUGUGGUAGAUACACCUGGUUCGGCCCAUCCACCAACUUUCAUGAGCAAUAUGCUUUUUGCUUGCAGCAUCCUCUACAAGACUCAGUUGCCUUUAGUGUUGGCAUUUAACAAGAUUGAUGUGGCCCAGCAUCAAUUUGCUUUGGAGUGGAUGGAAGACUUUAAGGCAUUUCAUGAAGUGAUUGAUUCAGAUCAUUCAUACGCAUCAACGCUGACCCGUAGCCUCUCUUUUGCUCUCGACGACUUCUACAAGAAUCUAAGAUCUGCUGGAGUGUCUGCAGUUUCUGGUGCAGGAAUGGAGGCUUUCUUCAAGGCCAUUGAUGAUAGUGCUGAAGAGUUCAUUGAGAUGUACGAGGCUGAUCUCAAUGAGAGGCGGGCAGAUGAGCAGAAUAUGGAGGAAGAGGGUUGGCGGUUGGACAUGGAAAACCUGAGGAAAGACAUGGAGAAGACUGGGGGAGAAGCUGCGAUCCUGAGCACUGGUUUGAAGGAUAGAGAAGUCGAUAAGGACAUGAUGGGAGAAGAUGAAGUGAUGGAUGAUCUGGAUUUUGACAACUUUGAGGAGGAUGAGGAAGAGGAUGAGCAGGAUGAGCAGGAGGAGGAGGAGGAGGAUUUUGUCGACGAGGAUGGAGAUUAAGCGGUUGAUAAUUUUUCAUUCUAGUUCAAAUCUUCAUGUAAAGUUUUCUGGACCCAAAACUUUGUACAGGGCUUGCUGUCUGUCUCUGUGUCUGUGUAUCCUGCGAGUGAAUGCCUGUCUGUAAAGCUUGGAUGGUUUUUGUCUUAAACUUCCCUCUUUAGGGUUCGUGGGAUAGGACAAGAUAAAUUGGUGGAUAAAAUUUACUUGGUGUUUGGUUUGUGUUUA